AGAGAAGAAAUGGUAAUGGGUAGGAUGAGGAUAAUGGGUAGCGUGAGUUGUAACGUUCAAAGUGGGAUCUCUGUGAAUCUUGGUGGUUCCUCCACUUUGGUUUGCAAUCGGAGGAGAGUUUCUUCAUUCCUUCCCAGAAGUAGAAGCAGGUUCCCCUUCACUCCUGAACGCCAUUUCACCAGCAACAGAAUAUUUCAUUCGCAAUCGCAACCAGCUCCUCUAUUUUCUGUUUCUUCCGAGAGAAGAUGGAGUAAUUUGUCUGUGUAUGCCACCUCUCUAGACCUUCCGCUGCUUCCCUUUGGCGUCAAUGAAGUGCUUGUUCCGUCGGAGAGUAAAACACUGCACCUGUAUGAAGCCAGAUAUCUAGCUCUAUUGGACGAGUCCUUAUUUAGGAAGAAUAAACUUUUCGUGCAUUUUGUGUUGGAUCCUGUCGCUGUCAGUGACUCAUCAAGGGAAAUAUCGUUUGCAGCCAGACAUGCUUGUUUGGUUUUAAUUGAGAAUGUCGAGAGAUUGCAGGUGGGGGCGUUAGUCACCAUCAGAGGAAUCGGACGCGUCAAAAUUAUUGAGCUCUUGCAAGUUGAUCCUUAUUUGCGAGGUACAAUUUUAUCGGUGAGAGAUAAUAUUGUUCAAGAUGAAUGUGGGUUAAGUUCAAAAGUGAUAGACGUCAAAGACGUUCUUCAUAAUUUGAAUAGUUUGGAGAUCAAACUGAAGGCUCCCAAGGAGGCAUUGUUGCAGACUCAAAUAAUGAACUCACUUACAUGGGCUGAAAAGGGUAUAUAUGUGGACAUUGAUCAAAAUUUUGUACCAUCGUUGGCCGAAAGAGUAUCCUUCGCAGCCUUCCAACCAAUUUCAGGGUCAACUAAAUCUGAAUUACAGAGUUUGCAGCUAAAAAAAAUCAAAGCAAUGGAUAUCAAGAAUACCCUUGAAAGACUAAAUAAAUCGUUGAAAUUAACAACAGAAAAUAUUUCUACAGUGGUAGCCAAACUUGCUAUACAAUCAGUUGAAAUUUAGUACUCUGAAAGCUAUGGAUUGGACAUUCUGAUAAGUGAUAACCAACCCCAAUCGUGAAAGGUUGUGAAGUUGUCAACGUGGGGAGUUGAUUAUAAUGUUGGCCAUACAUGCAAUCAUAAAACAUGUUAUGCUAUUUUAAUUAUUAAAACAAAAAGUGAUCAAUUAAAGGAUA